UGCGCGAGCUGUCUUCCGGUUCUAGCAUAUCAGGGAUCCCCAAAGAAAACAAGGGGACCAACGCCAGGGUCGCGAGGGAACAGGCCAUGGAAAGGAAUGAUGUUAUUGACUUCAAAGCUUUGGAGAAAGAGCUGCAGGAUGCGCUCACUGCUGAUGAGAAGUACAAACGAGAGAAUGCUGCCAAGCUACGGGCAGUGGAACAGAGGGUGCCUUCCUAUGAGGAGUUCAGGAGUAUUGUCCUUGCAUCACAUCUGAAGCCUCUGGAGCGGAAGGACAAGAUGGGAGGAAAGAGAACUGUGCCCUGGAAUUGUCACUCUACUCAAGGGCAGCCUUCCCAAGAUGUGGCCACCGAAAUCUCCCAGGAGAAAGUCCCCUUCCAGCCUGAGACCUCAGCAGAAUUCUACCGAGAUUGGCGACGACACUUGCAGAGUGGACCAGAGCGCUACCAGGCCCUGCUGCAGCUUGGAGGUCCCAAACUGGGUCACCUCUUCCAGACAGAUGUGGGGUUUGGACUUCUAGGGGAGCUGCUCAUGGUACUGAAUGAUCAUGUGAGGCCAGCUGAUAAGAUGACAGUGCUGGGGGUCCUUCKCAGCCUGGCCGGCACGGGACGCUUUACCCUGAACCUGAGCCUCCUGAGCCAUGCUGAGCAAGAGGGUUGCCGAGGCUUGUUUCAGAAGCUGCAGGCCAUGGCUACCCCCAGAUCUUUGCAGGAGGGGGGCUGUCCAGACAAACAGGCUGUGGAGGAGCAAGAUGGUGGGCUCCAGGAGGAGGAGGGGCUCCUGCAGGAGCUAUUAGGGCUGUACCAGAUUCACUGA